AUGGUGGUGGUUUAUGCUGAUGCCUUGGUAAGAGUCACCAUAGACGAUGUGAAUGAUAAUGCUCCUAAAUUUGCUUUGGAAACUGUGACAGUCCGUAUACGCGAAGACGUACCCUUAGGCUCCCUUGUAGCCAUGGUCGACGCUUUUGAUCCUGAUCUAGGCGCCGGCGGCGUUAUAAAAUACUCUUUACUCCCCGAUGAAGCCGAAGGCGAACCUUGUUUCCGAGUUGACAAAAAAUCAGGAGCCAUCAGAGUCUCCAAACCUUUAGAUUUCGAAGAACGCCAACUUCAUACCCUGACCAUCGAAGCCAGAGACUCCGGUUCGCCAGCUUUGACCUCCAAAGCUGUUUUGAUAGUGGAAAUUGUGGAUGUCGAUGAAAAUAGUUUUGCGCCAGUGUUUUCUGAUUUUGUGUUGAGUGGUUCAGUGAGUGAAAAUUUACCAGCCGGCUCUAAAGUUAUGAAGCUUUGGCCACGGACGACGACCCGCCGGGGCCUUGUUCUAGGAUUACUUACACCAUCACGGGAGGCACGGGAUUGGGAUACUUUGCAAUCGAUGAUAAAGGUAAGAUAUUGCACAAUUAUUUAUAUGUUAUAUGCAAAAAAGCCUUCAACACUAUUAUCUCGAUAA